AUGGUGCAAGUUCCUAUUGAUGGUAAGCAGCAGCAAACGCUUGAUGAUUCUGUUCCGGAGACGAUUAAUGCUGCGUUAGACCAGUUACAUUUGGAUGAUCUUGAAGGCCCUAAAGGCGUUGGAUCGGUGAAAGUGCAAGAUUCGUCUACGGUUGUUCCUGGAGCAGGGCCAAAUGAGAUGCACAGACAACAUAAUGGGUUGUUUCCUCCGCCACACCCACAAAUGAUGAAUCCUUUCCUGCCUUAUCCUUUGAUGCAUAUUCCUCACCAUAAUGGAUUUUUUCCAUUAGGAGAUGGACCUAUGCUACCUCCAGACUCCAGCGCAGCGGGGGAUUUCAACAAUCCAGUGGUUCCUACCCCUCCGCAGACAUCGGCCUUGGAUGUAGUUCCAGAACCGUUGUGGUCUGCCAGCCAAGACUAUCAAUUUAUACAUGGCUCAUCGUUUGCAGACACACCAGCGGUAGAAGGCGAAGGUGCAGCAGUAACAGCAGGCCUUAAGGAAGGCGAAAAGAUGCCUACUAACGACCUAGGUGUGGCGCACAGAAGACAGAAUUUCCAUGCAAUUGUUAAUUCGGAUUUGUUAGCGGACACCUCAGCAGCUCAGUUAGGAAAAACCGAUAUCUCUAAAGAUAAGUCAAAGAAUGAGUCCUCGAAAGAGAGUGAGUUUGGAAGUGGUAACUAUCCACAGGCAGCCUAUCCUUAUGGAACCGGAUUGCUUGAACCAAACCCUGCUUUGGCUGGCCACCACCCCCCAUCUGGCCCAGGUCCUAACUAUGGCAUUCUUUCUCCUUUCCCAGGCUAUGGAUUUACUUCUCCUUUUUCUCCUAUUCCAGGUACUUCUCCAAUUGCCGCUAACCAGCAGAGAAAUGGUAUGCCAUCGCAUAGUAACAUCCCAUCGCACAAUGACAAUGUUUCCCCAAAUAUCGAGGGAGCGAAUGGUUGGAGAUAUCCUCACCCAGGUAGCCACCCAUUUGCGGGCCAUAUGGUUCCACACUCACAAAUGAUGGGUGGACCAAAUGGCAGUCCACACUACCAUAGUAUUCCUCAUUCGCGUAAUGGGCAGAACGGUAAGCGUUCACACGCGAACAAUGGCCAGCAAAACAAUGGUAUGCGGAACAUGAACCAGGGUGGCAAGCUUAGAGGAAAUCACCACCAUUAUCACCAUCAUAAUCGUCCAGAUGAAGCUGCGCGCUACGCAGAUUCGAAGUUAGAGGACUAUAUCGGUAAGAUAUACUCUUUAUGUAAAGAUCAGCAUGGCUGCAGGUUUUUACAGAAACAGUUGGAUAUCGGCGGCCCCGAAGCUGCAACAGCGAUUUUCGAAGAAACUAAGCAAUACGUUGUAGAACUCAUGACCGACUCUUUUGGUAACUACUUGAUCCAGAAACUAGUAGAACGUAUCGAUGAAGAACAGAGAAUUACACUUGUUAAGUCUUCCGCAAGCAAGCUCGUUGCAAUCGCGCUAGAUCCCCACGGAACUAGAGCAUUGCAAAAACUAGUCGAAUACAUUAACACUGAAAUGGAGUCAGAGAUUAUCAUCAACUCUCUAAGAGAUUCAGUUGUCCAUUUAAGUAGGGAUUUGAACGGAAACCACGUAAUUCAGAAAUGCUUACAGAAACUAGAACCUAAAGAUUGUCAGUUCAUCUUCGAUGCUGCCUGCCAGGAAUGCGUGAAAAUUGCUACCCAUCGCCACGGCUGUUGUGUUCUUCAACGUUGUUUAGACCACAGCAGUAACGAGCAGCGUAAACAACUUUGCGAGACUAUCAUUCAGAAUGUUAAUUCCCUCACUCUAGACCCCUUCGGAAACUAUGUCGUCCAGUACAUUCUAUCUAAAGAAGCCGAACUCGCCACCGACUACGAGUACACCAACAAGAUCUUCAAUAUUUUGAAACCCAGAAUUAUCGAAUUGUCUUUACAUAAAUUUGGUUCUAAUGUCGUUGAAAAGAUUUUACGCACCCCAGAAGUCGCAGAAACUAUGAUUACCGAACUAUUAAACGUGGGUGGCCAAAUUGGCAUUGGCCAACUACUUCACGACGGAUAUGGAAAUUACGUUCUACAGACAGCACUAGAGGUGGCAAAACUGUCUAAUAACUAUCUCUACCAUCGUUUAACCGAAUUAUUGAAGCCUAUUUUGGUCGGCCCCAUAAGAAAUACUCCCCAUGGCAGAAGAAUUAUGAGUAUCUUGCAAAUUGAAUGA